AACACUAGGGAGAAUUUCGAUUGUAUUUGCAAUUUCAAUAUAAGCGAUGGUUCGUUUAAUAUUUUGCCUUGUUGUAGUGGGUAAUGAACUAAUGAUCACAUCACACAUGGCCUAUUCAGUAAUUAGUCACCUAAAUGAUCAUCUAUGGAUAACCACAAAAAAAAUGAUUAAAGGACAGUUUAUUGGUAAUGCAUGAGCCACGAUAUGAUUCUUUCAUCUGAAGGGUAAAUAUUUUGUACAACAUUACUUUCCUAAUUUAAAAUUCUCUUACUAACACGAGAAACGAGAAACAGAAGAGACGAAGCCAAGGCUUGAAUCGAGAAAUAUGGUGAAAUGUUGCCUUCCAAAUUCAAAACUCUACCAUCUAGCUUUGGCAUUGUGUCUUAGCUCUUUAUGUGAUACAAGGGUGGGUGCCUCAAUUCAUGAAUACAAGGAUGGUGCUUUUAUUCGUCGUUCCAAUUCAUACUUCUUUCAUGGCGGAAGUGAAGGCCUUUACGCAUCCAAAAAUCAUGAUGAUAUCCAAGAAGACAAGCUCGUCAAGGGAAAAUCGUUCAUCAGGUACAUUCUUAGUCCAGUAUAUCAUAAACUCCAUUUGUUUUCUGGAAAAUUCAAAUUGAUCUUUCUCUAAAAUUCACGAUUGCAAGAACAAUCACAACGAAAAGUUCGAAAUGAUUCAUCCCUUCAUAUUUUGUCUCGUGUUUAUUGAGUUUCCAGAUUCCUCCCCUAUUUAUGUGCUAAAAAAAUCACACAAAGGUUGUUGCUUUUUUAUGGAUCGAUUGAGAUUUCCUUAUGCAAAUGGUGGUAUUUUUUACUUUCAUAUAUAAAACUCGACCAAUUUUAUUUAGGAAUCAAAUUGAGUUGUAUUUUGUUAUUGUUGCAUCGUUAAUAUGAAAUCACAAGCAGGUAAUUAUAGAUGAUGCGUGCUAAAUACUUGAUUUUGAUAACAUGAUUUGAAAAUUUUAAAAAAAUAUUUUACACUCGUAUUCAUCAUGGAACACCAAUUUUUUUUUAAUGUUUGUUGUGAAGGUUUGAGUCCGUAAUUUUUAGAAGACCAAAGGAGUCAGCAGAAAGGAAGAAUGAAAUGCAGCAAAAAACAGGAUUGCUGGAAGCUUUAAUAGUUCCAAUAAAAGAUAGAGACAAGAUUGGUGGAUCUUAUCUCAACUCCACCGCAAUAUGCUGCACUCCAGAACUCGCCAACAGCGGUUCUUGUAAAGUAGGAGAAGUAAUCAUUCACGACGAUCCAAACAGCUCCCCAGACGGACCAAAGAGACUUCAGACAUUCUUCGAGGGAAAAAAUGAAGUGGCCGAGAUGGUUCUUCAAACAGUGGAAAUAACCCAUGACGGAAUGUACUAUCUCUACUUUAUGUUCUGUGAUCCAGAACUACUUGGAACGACGAUAAGCGGAAGAACAGUUUGGAGGAACCCGGAUGGAUAUCUCCCUGGAAAGAUGGCACCUUUGAUGCCUUUCUCUGGUUUCAUGUCACUAGCUUACCUUGGACUUGGACUCGUCUGGUUUCUCUGGUUCACACGCUACUGGAAAGAUGUCAUACAGUUGCACUUUCACAUUACCGCAGUUAUAGGUUUGGGUAUGUCUGAAAUGGCUCUGUGGUACUUUGAGUAUGCUAAUUUCAACGCAAAUGGGAGUCGACCGGCGGCCAUAACCUUUUGGGCAGUCACAUUUAGUGCUGUUAAAAAAACUGUUUCUCGUCUUCUCUUGCUAGUGGUCUCAAUGGGGUAUGGUGUUGUGAGGCCAACACUUGGUGCUUUGACGUUGAAGGUGCUUCUUCUUGGUGUGGGUUAUUUUAUGGCAUCUGAAGCACUUGGGUUGUUUGAGAAUCUAGGUAAUAUUAAUGACUUCUAUGGGAAAGCUAGACUUAUUCUUGUGUUGCCAGUUGCUGUCUUGGAUGCCUGCUUUAUUGUCUGGAUCUUCUCGGCAUUGUCCCAAACCCUGGAGAAACUUCAGGUGAGAAGAAGUGGAGCAAAGUUUGUGUUGUACCAGAAGUUCACCAAUUCUCUUGCAGCAUCCGUUCUAGUGUCCAUUGCUUGGAUAGGUUAUGAGUUGUACUUCAAUGCGACCGAUCCGUUGGGAGAGUUAUGGAGAAGAGCAUGGAUCAUCCCAGCUUUCUGGGCUUUGCUAGCCUAUAUGCUUUUGAUUGUUGUAUGUGUUCUUUGGGCUCCAUCCCCUAAUCCAACAAGGUAUUCAUAUUCAGAGGAGAUGGGAGAUGAUAUCGAAGAUCAGGAGACUCCAUUUGUAUCGGGUGGUGGAGUUAAAUUAGGGGGUGGAGAUGUAGCAAGCAUGGCAAUGUUGGAGAUCAGAAAGGAGAAGAAGCUAUCAACUACAUUACCACCACCACCACCUGCUGCAUCAGAGUACUACGUUUUUCGACUUGGCGAAGAUUUGGAGGAAAACAAAAGGGAGUAAAUAGGUCAAAUAUAACAUGGGUUAACUAAUUCAUUAACUACACGAUUGAAAAGACAGUGAUUCACAAAUUAUGCCACGAAGAUAGUUGGUAUAACAGGUGGAUGUCACAUGAAGUGAUGAAUGACUAGUCACACACAGUUAGCUCCAUUCUUACAAACAUGGAUCCAACCCUUUAACUCAUGAUUGAAGUACGAUGCAAACUUUUCCCCAAAAAAAGAGUCUGAGGCGACCAAACCACUUAUUGAUUCCUUCAAUUUGGAGAUGGUCUUUCCCAAUGCCUAAUCAUGUGACGAUUGCAUUACUUAUUUUGUAAUAAUAUUGACAUUGGGUAGUGAUGGUUGUUCUUUGUAUCUAUGUCCUAAGAAAUUUUUUUGUCGUUACCCUAACAUGUUGCUUAACUAUCUUCAGUCGGAUAAGAUUGUGGAGGUGGGUUAACACUUUGAGAUUAGUAUGUGAGACAUGUUUCUAAACUUCAUCAAACUUUACAACUAACAUUGUCCAUCAAAGAGAGAACUUCAUACCUAGACGGGAUCAACCAGAGAUCAAUGAGGCAUGUGGUCUAGGCCAGUGACCUCCAUUGCACAUUCGACUAGUUAUAUGUUAAAAUUCUUUUAUUUUGCUAUUUAUUCUAGUUAUUUUUCAAAUGUUUGAACCAAAACUCUGUACAUAUUUCUCAUAUAACAUCCACCACAUUUUGGAUUGAAAGCUUGUGAUCGCUGAUUCUUUUUUGUUUUGGGUAACAAACCGGGCUUAAAGAGGCGUCCCAACCUUAACCAUUAACAACCAACCUUGGGUCAUAAUCUCCUCCCAGGAUUGCAUGUUUUUACGGCGUCUAGUCCGACGCUAAACUAUUGGUUGUACUGUGAUCGCCAAUUCUAACGAACUUUCACAACAAAAAACUACUCUAACAAGCCGUUUGGAGAAAAAAAAUAUCCGUUAAUGAAAAUAGAUAUACCUUAUUUAAUAUUUAUUAAAAAAAUUGGAAAAAAAUUAAUUAGUUAAACAGAUAAUUGUACAAUAUAUGAUUUGUUUCCAUCUUUCCCUCCGUACCAACCCACUUGACUAAAUAAUUGGAAAAAAUCAAUAUUAUUCCAUUUUCACUAAUUUCAUACAUGCAUCAAUUUUCUCUAUAAAUUGGCAGUUGGUGUUCACCAAAGAAUUAAUUAAUUAGCUGUAUCUUUCUUUGCUCUCUUUCAUAUUUGUACGAUACAUCCAAAAUAACUUCAUACUUAUUACUAGCUCUACCAACCAUGUCAAAAAGAAAGAAGAAGAAAAACACUAGUCGAGUUGCAAAAUAAUAUGCUACCAGAUUAGUAAUUUACCAGAAUACGAGAAGAACCACGGUAAAUUAAAUUUCUACAAGUCUAUGAAAAUUUGAUCUUUUUCUAUUGCUUGUCAAAUAUCAAUGGGCUUAUCAUGUUUAUACAUUAUAGUCCUUGGUGUAAGUACAUGUUCAUGCUAAGUGGCAUAAGCACCUUAUCCAAAUGUGUGACAAAGUUUAUUUGCACAAUGGAUUGAUGAUAGUAUAUAUAUAAUGAUGUUUUUGUUCUUCAUAAAUUUUUUUCAUAAUGUAGGGAGUAAUAAGGUCAUUGGUUAUGCUUGAUCAAAUCAAAACUCCAUCCACCGCCAUGUCCAACCUUCGUAUUUUCUCCUAGAGAACAUGGCUCUUCACAGACUCCAACCGCCGCCAUGUCCUGACCCGCCGCAGUUGCCGCCAUUGACAGAGCUAUAAUUGUCACCAGCUGGACAAGAAGGAGAACGAGAAACCCCCCUUCUCUUUUGCCAUAUUCACAGUUGGGUUCGUCAUGAUUUCAACCAUUAUUCAAUCUUUGUCAAUUGAAACGAAAAGGAAUUGUGACAAAAUUCCUCACUAUAAUCCACCAUCCCAACGAAUCCGUACUAAACUUUGUAUAAGAGAAAGACGAGCAAUGUUUAAAGUGUAUGAAGACUCGCGAAACAUGAUACUAGUAGUGUGUAAUAACUUUCUUUUAAUUUCAAGGAUUCUAAUAUAUGAUGUGCAAAUAUGCUAAUGCAAAUAGAGUUCAAAGACACCAAUUUGUUUUUUUCUAAAUGGAGUGGUACAUUCAACAUUUUGUGUAUAUGGUGGGGGAUUACAUUCAAUAUUUGUUGGUUUUUUUUGGUACGAGAACAAUGAUACAACACUUUAAAAUACUAAUAUUUUAGAGCACAAAGAGUAAACAUGCAAUGAUUGCACUAGCUACAAUAUUGUUCUUCGUAUCUAUGUGUUAAGAACAAUUUAUUUCUUCCCAAUAAGCCGGAAACUGAUUUUUUUUAUAAUAAUGAUAUAAGUUUAUUUUCAAUAGUAUCUAACUAGAGAGGAAAGAGAAGGAAUUAAAUAAAAGAAAUCUGCCAUAGAAAGAGAAUCAGAAGCAAGACAGAGAAAGUAAUUAAUGCAUGAUCUUAAUUAAAAAAUAUAGUAAUAUGGAUUUUUAAUUCUAAAAAUAUAUUUAAUAUAACUUUUUAAUUUUCAGAAUUUAAUUAAUAUGAAUAAUAUUUUCAAUGUCAUUUUUGUCUUUGGUUUGCAUAGUUAUUUUUCUUAGACUCAAAUCUAGGAAGUAUAGCAUGUAUCACAAUAGUUGGAUAUGAUCAUGGAACACUUAAUUAUGACAUUGACGUGGUGUUCUUAUAUCCUGUGGUCCAAUAAACCAGUUCCACGAACAUGAGUUUGGUAUAGUUAGUGAUGGCAAUUCGAACCCGUCCCGCGGGUAAUACCCGACCUGACUCGCGAUAAGACGGGUAUUACCCGACCCGCAGUAGCAAAGGGUGGGGCAUGGGUAUGUACUUCCGACCUGCCCUGACCCAUCCCGCCCUGUAUUAUACCAAUUUUAUCUAAAUUUCUUAUACUAUCUAUACAUAUUUCUCCUAUUUUGACCUUUUCCCCAAUAGUUAGAGUCUAUCUUCCAAUUUGUUAGACUCCAAUAUCCAUUCCAUUAUCACUAUUUUCAUUAAUAAAGUGUUUUCCCCUUCGUUUUAUCAUAAAAAGUAAAAUUUUCGUGUAUUGUUUUCAAACAACAUGUAAGAAUGGGUCCACCAGCCCCCGCCCCGACCCACAGUAGUGGGUCGGGACAUGGGUAUUGAGGUACCCGCCCCCGGCCAAUUGCCAUCACUAGGUAUAGUGGUAAUGCCACUGAUUUUUUUUUUGUGAAAUAGUAUUAAUAAUAGAAAGAAAAAGUUUACAGAAAAAGGAAUAGAGAGGGAAUUAAAUGAUGUAGAGAGGAGUUGUCAAGUUAAAACCACAUAGAUGGUUUGCGCGAUAAUUCGUUCCUCGUACACCAUGAAGUGCAAUGGAUUUGAUGACACUAGAGAGGAAUCUCCCUCCUUGAUAGACGAUGAUGGCAACAAUCCCUAGUAUUUAUUUUCUUCUUCCUACUUCUAAAUUUCAUUUUUGUGGAUGAAACUAAUGAUGGAAUUGGACAAUCUCACCUUUUGCCAUGGAAAUCUAAUUCCUGGAAUUAGAAAACCACAUUCCAUUGCCAUUAAAUUGACUAUCCAAGCAAUGAAAUGCUCCACAUUCAUAUCCAAUGAAAGUAUAUCACAUGCCAUCAACAACUUAUGUCGUUCAAACAACUACUAUAUUGACUAGAAUGUAGUUCUAAAUGUAAAUAAUUGGAAUUCUAGGUAAAUUAGAACUCAAUUCCUUGGUAGACUAUAGAUGAUUCAUAAUGGGUACUAAUGAGCUAUUAUUAGGAAUAGUAUUCCUAAUCAUAUGAGAUUAUAUCAAUGACCAAAAGAGAGGAACAUGCUUCACAACUUUGCAGAGGGUUGUGUGAUUAUCACAAUGUAAAGAAGCGUGUUCGGCCAAUGCGAGAGCCAACUCAUGUGAUGUAGUAACUAACGUAACCAACAUACCUUAUUAUCAAAAUGUGACUUAUUCAUUAGAAGAUGAAAAAUAUUUAAAAAAAAUGUUGAUUUGAACUUUGAAAGUAACAUCGCUUAUCGAAGAUAAAAAGGCAUAAAUAAUGAAGAUUUAUUACCUUAUCUUUUAAAUAACGAUAAUUUCUCACUCUCACUAUAUAAAGUAGGGGCGAGCACGUGGGUGGUUAAUCCGCGGAUUGAUAUCGAUCCACCCGAAAAUAACCCGAUCCGCACGUAGUGGGUGGAUUGCAGAUUGGUAAAUCUCCCACCCGCACUUAUGUGGGUGGAUGGUGGGUGGAUUGCGGGUCACCCAUAUGACCCGCAUCCUAUUUUUACAUGAAAAAAAAUUGUUAAUUUCUUAUAGUAUCGAAUAUUCAUCAUAUUUUUGAAUUGCACUACAGUCUGACCAUAUACUUCAAAAGGUGAAGAAUAAAUAAUAGUUUUGGCUACUAUUAUUGGUCAUUCUGUUGUGCAAUAUCCAUUAUAUAUUGGAUAUUGGUAUGCAGAUUAUUGUUAAUAACCAUUAAAUAUUGGGAUGCAAACUAUAAAUUAUUAAUUGUAUCAAAAUUACAAAUUAAUGAUACAGUCUUACUAAUUUUGCUUUGAACUUAUUAUAAAUUUUAGUAAACUUUCUUAAUGGCUAGUUGAAGAAUUACUUUUGCGGGUUGACCCGCUACCCAAUCGCACUCAUCCACCAUCCACCUAACCCAACCCACAGAAGUAUGUGGAUGAAUUGUGGGUCAAAAUUAUUUCAACUCGCUAGUAAGUGGGUGGGUCAAUUUGAGACCAAACCCACCCAACCCGCCCAUUGCACACCCCUAAUAUAAAGUAUCGGUCCUUCUCGCCAAACAAGCUCCUCUAUGUUUGGGAGUUUUUGCCAACGUCUUUUACGCAACCAACGACAACCCCCUCUUUUCUAUAGUUCUCGCCCUAAGUGAACUUCAUCAAACCUCUUUGUAUGAAAUGGUUUCUCUCUUUUCGCCAAUCUGAUUCUACACAUCUAUCUUUUAGUCGAGUUUUUCUUCUCUACUGACAGAGCAAGGUACAAUAUUAUUUUCUUCACUUUCUUCCCCCUAUUAUUUGUGUAAACUCCUCCUCGUUUGAUACGAUUGAACGUGAUGAUUCGAAUAGGUCAAAUCAUUCAUUUGUGUGGCAUCUUGGAUAUAGCCUCAUAGAGCUUGAAGGUAGUGUGUGCAAUCCUAGCGUUUUUAUCGCAACUUCUCAUUUUUUUAACGAAGGUGGUUUUCCGAUCAUUUUGUUAAUCUCUUUUCAAUUUAGUGGUUUAAUAUCCUUCUAGAUGUGGUCUCUGGCCUUGAGUCUUACCAUUUUUUACGUGUUGUUGAUUUUGAUUUGGAAUUUGUUCCCAAUCUCAUAUUAAAAUUUUCGUUUAGGAGACCUAUGAGCUAAAAGUUGUGGUGUCAACGACUAGUGUUUUCGCAAUGCAUCUAGGGUUUUUUACUAGAAUCAUAUUGGCUAGUGUUGAGCUUUAUAAGUCAUAACUGAUUUGCAUUUCCUUUUUCCUUGCAGUUACUUUGUGUACAUCUUCAUCUUGCUACACCUUUCUCCCGUAAAGUUCACCCCUUAAUUGAAACCUUGAAGUCAUCAACUGCAAAAAAAAAAACCCCAAUUAUUUGGUAAAAUACAGAUACAUUACCUUAAGUAUAGAAAUAAGUUUACUCACUUCAAAACAAAAACGGAUAAUCAAUUUGUUUCCAUGUUUCCCCCUGUACCAACCCACUUGACAAACCAAAAGGAAUAAUUUAUAUUCUUGCCAUUUUCACUAUGUCCAUAUAUGCAUCCAUAUUCCCCUAUAAAUUCACAAUUCAUGUUCCCCGAAAAUAUUGAUUAAGUAACCGUGUCUUCUUUGGUUUCUUUCAUAUUUGUACCCCAAAAUAUUUUUAUAUUAUUCCUUGCUCUACCUAACAAUGGUGGCAAGAAGAAAGAAGAAGAAAAAACUACUCAAGUUGCAAAAAAAAAAAAAAAAAAAGGAAGCAACCAGAUUAGUAAUUUACCAGAAUAUGUGAAGGAACAUGGUAAAUUGGAUUUCUCUAUGUGUAUGAUAUUUUAUUUCCCUUGUAGUUCUUAGCAUAAUUAUAUGUUUAUGAUAAGGAGCAUAGGCAUCAUAGUCAGAUUCGUGGCAAAAUUCAUUUGCGGAACUAAUUAAUUAUAGAUAUUCUGUACAUAGUGACACUUUUGUGUAAGUACGUGUUUAUGCGUGCCUCAUGGCCAAAUUAGUGAAAAAUUUGUGAGCACAACUUUGAUUAUGGACAUUCUAUAUAUAAUGAUGUUUUUUUGUAUUUUUUGUGAUGAUUUUUCGUCAUGGAGGGAGUGGUUUUACAAGGUCUGUUUGUUCAAGUAAGAAGUUUGGACAAUAAGGAAGCUUGUACAAGAGGAAGACGAACGUUUCUCAAGAACAUGGAUAGAAGAUGAAACAUGAUGCUCCUAUCAACUUCCUCUCCACUUCUAAGCAAGGUUGUCAAGCCAAGGUUAACCUAGGUUACAAGACUUGUGAGGAAGAUGUGCACCACUUUUCCCGCGGAUAGAGACCCGCAGCAAGGUUUUCAAGGUUGUAGGGUCAUACGACAUUGUUUUUCCCUUUGACUUGCGAAUUGUAUCUCUUUUUUCGGUUUCCCCCUUCGUGCCUAACCUUGUCUUUGGAAUUCUAAGAUGAUCAUUUCAAUAUUGGUGCUACAUGAGUGUGUUUGUAUUUUCUCUUUAUUGUUGGAUUCAAAUUCAAGUACGAACUGUUAGUUUGGUAUCAUGUUAUAUGUUAUUACUCAUAUAUGUUAGAUAAUAUUUGAUAUAAUUUAUAAAAGUAUUAACAAUAU